AUUCUUGGUCCAACUAGCUUUGUAUUACAUCUAUUUCAGUCAUCCCAACCGUAGGUGAAUGAGGUGAACAGGCAGAGUGCGUUUGCUUCGUUGAGAUCUUUUGUCCAAUCCUCGAACAUCCCAUCGGAAAUGGAGGUCGCCAAAGCCAAAAUCGCUCGCCCGGAUCAACCCCGUGGUAACGACCCUGGAUGGUAUUUGGAGCUCAAGGAGGACAUUGAAUCGUUUGGACAAGGGAAUUCGAUUUCACAAGAGUUUUUCGAAUACUGCUUGGCAGCUUUCACAGAGCCCAAACAUCUGAAUAAUCGAUCGUUCCCUCUUGGAUCGUCCAACUCGAAGCUGAACCACUCUGCCGUGACUUUCCGUGAAUUACCCAAAGCUCCUCCGAUGACUUCGACCAGGACUGGCCUUGAACAAGAAUUGAAAGCCAUUUGGGCCAAGAAGGAUGAGAAGCUAGAGAUAUCUCCCAUUAAACUUGAAUCGAACAUUCUAGGCUUGUCCAAUGUGACUUUGAGAUCCUUGGAAGAUGAUUCGUUUGAGCCCUUCGACUACACAAAGUUUGAUUUGUCGUUAGAUUUUCAAAGCAAGUCUACUGCCGAAAUCUUUAACCGGAGAUGCGAAGACGCAACGUCGUCCUCAACAACCGUGAGCUUGAAAGCAGAAAGUGUCUACAACAAGACCAUUCUGUGCAAAUAUUAUCUGAAAGGUUUUUGCAUCCACGAAAGCAAAUGUUCGUUUGCCCACGGUUUGAACGAGCUCAAGCUCACCGAGCGCGACAAGCUCAACAAAAGUCAUAGUAAAUUCAAGGCUGAACCUUGUCGGAAUGUUUAUGAUUCCAAAUUUUGUCAAUUUGGUCCCAAGUGCAUCUUUGCCCAUAGCAUCGGGGAGUUGCAGAAUCCCGAUAAUUUCAAGAGACUCCCGUGCAAAUAUUGGGGUCGCCGUCGUGAUUGCCACUUGGCCGACAACUGUUUCUACGCUCACGGCCGAUUCCAGAACCACCACCACUACAAAGCCUUCCAGAAGUGAUUUUACUCCCGGAACAAUUGCCGUAAUCAAAUGAUCUCAUUUUUAUCCACCUCUCGCCAAUUGCGGCGGGUUCUUGUAUCGCUUCAUCUAAUCUUUUUUACUACAUUUGAUCAUGAAUGUAAACUCUGUAAAACAGUAUUUUUCUCCAAUUACAAAGUUUGAAUACAUCGGUCAACCAAG